UUGUACGCUUGUGACCAGAAAUAUAUCAUCCAAGGGAAUCCGGGGCCGCCAGCGAAAAGUAACAAUGAAAUAUUUGUCCCCGUUCGCAUGUUGAGGUUUAGCUUUGAGGUGACAAAAACCACUUUGAAAGUUCCAAUUUGUGUCUUGUGAUAAAGCUUGGUAAUUUAGACCAGCAACAAGACUUCAGGCGAAAGGUUGCAAGACCGACGAUAAACAAGUCUUCGAACAAAGCGCUGACGCAUAUUCCUUCAAGCGCUACGCACGUGAUUGUAAGUUAUUGCCGAUUGGUUGACUACCGAAGAGGUUUUAAAAAAAAGUGGUGAAAGAACUCACAAAAGAGAUGGGUGGUUUCUUAGGACUGUUGCCAUUUCUCUACCUUAACGCGGCCCUGGCGUCCGCCGAAAACGGCGACAUAUCGAAUAGUGCUGUAGAAAAUAGGAAUUAUCUCUCUCGAUUUCCAUCUCAAUGGAAGGAAGUGGGACGUCGUGGUGGAUCAGACAGUAAACUUCGAAAAAUGGCGCUUGGCCUGGGAAAACGUUUCAGCGCUGACGACGUCAGAGGCGUCGCUGCGUACCCAGACGUGGUUGGCGUCUCCCAAGAUGCCCUCAAGCAGACAAACACUGGCAUUCCAGGAACAGCGGUAGACCAACCAGGGAGCAAAGGAAACAGUGAAAAACUCUUCCCUGAAAACACUGUCCAGUCCAUUAAGGAACUGCUAAGCCCGGUGAUGACGACGGAAGAAUUGGCUCGUCAGUUACGAGAUAAUCCGAGGCUAGCAAAGGCCAUCGUGGACGCAUGGAUUGACACCAACAAUGAUGGCAUCAUUACAGGUUCGGAGAUUUUGGGCCGGAAAUGAGGGCACCGCGGAUCUGCUGACGUCACGGCUUGAGUGACAGACGUCACACAUUGAACACAUGUACUUUUGGUUCAGUUAGAAAAUAUUAAGUAGGACAGUUUUAAAAGGCUCAUCUAUAAUCUUAAAAAUAGGCCUACUAAUUUAAAGGAAUAAAAAAAUAUACUCAAUCCACAGUAAAUAUUUCAAAACCAGUUGCCAUGUCCAGCUCAAACACGCAUGCGUAGUAAAGCAGCAUAAAUUAAGUGUGCAGCCAUUGUUAGAAUGCUUCUUGCGAUUAAAGUCAACCAAUUUUAAAGAAAAAAAUGUGUUGGAUGUGUUGAAAUCCAUAGUGAUUUAGUAAUAUAUCAGUCGCUUUACAGAGAUUUCCAGACAGCAAGAUGGAAAAGCGUAGUCGAAAGGUGCUAUACUCGACUGU